UCCUCAACCCUGAAAAGAUCUGAACCCCUUCGUACUUUGAAUAAACAAACCUAGUUUAAUCCGAAUAAACCCGCCCACCAUGUCGCAACACGCUCUAUCCGACCAGCAGGUCAACAAUGAGCUCAGCAAGAUGACGGCGUUCAUCAAGCAGGAAGCCAUGGAGAAAGCCCGCGAGAUCGAGAUCAAGGCCAAUGAGGAGUUCGAGAUCGAGAAGUCCAAGCUUGUCCGCCAGGAGACAGACGCUAUCGACAGCCAAUACGAGAAGAAGUUCAAGCAGGCCACCAUGUCCCAACAGAUCACCCGCUCUACCGUUUCCAACAAGACGCGACUCAAAGUUCUCGGUUCCCGCCAGGAGAUGCUCGAUAACAUCUUCGAGGAGGCUCAGAAGAAGCUCGCCGAGGGUGCCAAGGAUAAGGCCAAGUACCAAAAGGCCCUCAAGGGUCUCUUGCUAGAGGGUUUCUUUGCUCUCAACGAGCCUGAGCUUCAGGUUCGUGCGCGCAAGAAGGACUACGACGUUGUCAAGAAGGCUAUUGAGGAGGCCGCCAAGGACUUCAAGAAGGAGCUUGGAAAGGACAUCACAGCCAAGAUUCAAGAGGAUGAUCCUCUUCCAGAGGGAAUCGCCGGUGGAGUGUUUAUCAUUAGCGGAAGCGGAAAGAUUGACAUCGACAACACCUUCGAGGCCAGAUUGAAGUUGCUGGAGGAGUCUGCUGCGCCUGCGGUGCGCGAGGCUCUAUUCGGCAAGAACCCCAACCGCAAGUUCAACGACUAAACUCCCUCAACCGCCAGAUAUCCGUAUGGGCGCCUCUGCCUGUCCAUACAUCAGCCAGCUUCAAUGGGCGCAUGGCUGAAGAGGCUCUUGAACUACCUGCGACCCGUAUUGUUGAUCAGUCUGUGCUUUGUAGUUUAGAGGCCGUGUAUCGCGUGUUUAACCUGUUUUGACUGAUUUGGAACUUGGCCCGUGGUAGAAUUGAUUACAUUCC